CAGCCAACUUCACGUUUCUCUCCGGCUGCCAUAUUUCUUUCCUGCUUGUCUUUCAACGAGAAAAGACGUACGAUGGCAACCUCUUCGCACCUAAAUUGGUUGAUCAUUCGCAACAACAACGCCUUCUUGUUGAAGAAGCGCGAUGUUAAGAGACCUUUUAGCACAGAGCCCAACAACUUGACCAAUGUCAGCUCUUUCCGCUAUAGUGGCGUGGUGCACAAGAAGACGCUGGGAAUUGUGCCUGCUGGCGAUAAGAAGGGUUUCACCGCUGUGCUGAGGAAGGGCAAAUAUGGCCAGCGUCCCGUCAAGAAUACGGUGCGUGUUAAUUUCAAUGCUGGACCACGUCGCUCGCUCAAGAAAAUGAAGAACCUGCUGACGGGCUCCAAAUACCGCAAGGAUCUGACACAGGCUGCUCUCCGCCGUGCUUCAGCAGUGCUGCGUUCCCAAAAGCCCGUGCAGAGCAAGGCCAAGAAGCCCGUUCAAAUGUCGGCCAAGAAGCCCGAAUAAAUAUUUGUGUAUCUGCCUGGGAAAUUGAGUUGUUUUUUCUACUCAAGAAUAAAAAAUACGUUAAAAUCCGAAAAAUAAAUGUUUUGGUUUUUAA